AUGUCACAAACAAUCACUGAUACAGUUCCUUCAACGGAACUAUCAGAAGUAGAUAUGGCUACAUUAGCAAAGACAAGAUCCUCUGGGAUUUCUUUUGUGCCACCAGAGACUCAUGAUAUGGUAAGAUCUCUCUUUGAUCCUACUAUUAAAAAAUCAUUUCUAGAAUUAUGUAUUACUUCUGCUUUAUUAUUCAACUUCGUGGUUGCUUAUUUUAGUGUUCAAUGGUUUGGUAGAUCAUUUACACGUAAAUUAUACAUUUUGCAAUAUGUAUUUUGGAGAUUAUGUUAUAAUGGUGGUAUUGGUAUUGUAUUACAUUACCAAUCACAUUAUGAAACUUUAACAAAAUGGGCUAAAAAGUCACAAAUUUUUAAUAAAAAAAAUUCUAGUCUUUUAGGACGUUUUUUACAAUUCGAAGUUGGUGCAAAAUUACCUUCAAAGAAUAAAAUUUAUGAAUAUCCACCUGAAUUAACUACUUGGUUGUUAUUUCGUCAAUUCGUUGAUUUGAUUUUAAUGCAAGAUUUUGAUACUUAUAUCAUUUUCGUAUUUUUAUCUUUACCUGAUACAAAUUUAUCUGUAUUAUUUAAUUGGAAAUCAGUAUUAGGUAUAGUAUUAAUUCUUUUCAAUGUUUGGGUUAAAUUAGAUGCACAUCGUGUGGUUAAAGAUUUUGCUUGGUAUUGGGGAGAUUUCUUCUUUUUACAAACAAAUUCUGAAUUGGUAUUCGAUGGGGUAUUUAAUAUUUCCCCGCAUCCAAUGUAUUCUAUUGGUUAUUUAGGUUAUUAUGGUCUUUCUUUAAUUACAGGUGAUUAUCAAGUACUAUUAGUCUCAAUAUUAGGCCAUUUCUUACAAUUUUUAUUUUUAAAAUAUGUAGAGACUCCACAUAUUGAUAGAACAUAUGGUCAGGCUAAUGAUAAUGUUAUUAAUGGUAAUACUCCAGCCACAAUUGAUGAUUUAAUCGCUAAAGAAAAUUUCGAUUAUUCAAGACCUUUAAUAAGCACUGGUAUGUGGUUAACCAAUUUUAAUAAAUUAAGAAUUUCAGACUAUUUUACUGUUACAACAGUCUUAACAAUUGUAGCUUGGUAUAUUACAUAUUCUCCAACGCGUUUGACACUGUUCUUCUUAACAUUUUCAAUCAAAUUUUUGGAGUGGGUUAUAGUCGGUACGAUUCUUUAUAAACAAUCAGAAGAUAAAUGGUUUACAAAAUUAUUUAUGAAAAAUGGUUAUACUCAAUUGUAUUCAUUUCAACAAUGGCAAUUUAUUUACAAUUUUUCAUUGGUCCUUUCAUACACUCUUUUAACCAUUCAAACAAUUAAUAAUGUUCGUAUGAUACCAUUUAAGGAAGAAACAUACACUCAAUUGAUAUUUGGUUUAUUAUUAUGUGCAUUACAAGUAUGGUGUGACACAGAAAUUAGAGACGCAAUCUCUGAUUUUGGUUGGUUCUAUGGUGACUUUUUUUUAUCAAACUAUAUUACUUCAAGAAAAUUGACCUCUGAAGGUAUUUAUCGUUAUUUGAACAAUCCAGAAGCUAUUCUUGGUGUCGCCGGAAUUUGGGGUACUGUAUUGAUGACAAAUUUCGCUAAGGACAAUAUUGUAUUAGCAAGUCUAUGGACUUUCUCAAAUUUUAUGUUAGUUAAAUUUGUUGAAACACCACAUAUGGAGAAGCUUUAUGGUAGUGAACAAAGAAUUAGUGGUGUUGGGAAGACUUUAUUAUCUUUAAAACCUUUGAAACGUGUCUCUGAGAUCGUUGAUAACAUCGAACAUAUUAUAAUGAGAUCUAUUUUAAAUAAUAAUGAAAAUCAUCCAGUUGUAACUACAGCUACUACCAGUACACAUAUGCCAAAGGAUCAUGAUGAUUAUUCUAAGAGAACCAAUAAUGCAAAGGAUUGGGAGAAUGUCAUUGAGAAUGCAAUUAAAAAUGUUACCUCUAGAUUAACCCCAAAUUGUGAAUUCGAAUUGAAUUUAGCAAAUGAAGAAGAAGCUUGUUCAGUGGUCCCUGAUCCUGUAGAAAUAGAUUGGAAAUUACCAACGGAACUAUAUAAUGAUAACGAUUGGAUUGGUCUCUACAGCGUAAUAAGUACGAGAAAUAACCGUGAAUUCACUCGUGUUCCUUCUUUUGGCCAUUGGGUACAUACUAAGGAUCAUGUUGUAGAACAUACAGACGAUUUUGUUCGUGGUAAGAUUGUUUUUGAUGCGUUAUUAUUGUAUUAUGAAGUUGGAACCUAUGAGUUCAGAUAUCAUUCUAAGGAUACUCAUAAAGUAUUGAUGAUAUCCACCCCGUUCCAAGUAAGAUUACCACAAUUAGACACAUCCGAUGAAGCAGUUCUAAGAGAGUCAUUAUUGACAUUUUUACAAGCAGCACAAGUUAUUAAAGAUGAGAAAUUCUUCGAUUAUGAAAAUGGUAAUAAAUAUUUCAACAUUAAGUCUUUACAAAGAGUUAUCAAAAAUAGCAUUGGUGUAGAAUUAUCCAAUGAAUAUAUUAGAAAGGUAAAUGGUGAUGUAGACAUCAUGGCAAACAGAAUCUGGGAUAUAAAGAAAAUCUUAGAUGAAUUAGAAUAG